UGAAAUGUUUCGUCACUUGAUUAUUGAAUAAUGUAAAAUAUAUUGGUAAUUUAAACAUAAUAAAUACUUGUUAAUAUAUAUGUAACACCAUGUCAGAUAUAAACAUGGAAAAAUUCGCCAUUCCGGAUUUCGUACCGGAGCGGUACGUGAAAGAGCUAGCAAAAUCUUGUGUCGGAGGGGAGGAGCUGCAACAGCAAAAAGAGAAGAUCUCAGCUUUGGCUGAAGAAACAGCCAAUGCCCUGAAGAAAAAUGUUUAUGAGAACUAUAUGCAGUUCAUUGAAACUGCUUCCGAAAUAUCCCACUUAGAGGCCGAAAUGUACAAACUGUCCCACCUACUCAGCGACCAACGUACAGUCCUUACAACCUUAUCGCAAGCUUCGAUACUGGGCAACGAAAAUACAUUAUCUCACGAGUCACUCGACGAUCAAAACUUGGAGACGGAAAAAGCCGAGGAGCAGCGCAAAAACAAACUCAUUGCAAUAUCAGAAAAGGUCGAAAAUUGUAUGAACUUGUUAGACGUUCCAGAUAGACACCUCCUUCACGAGGGAGAUUUAUUGGAGCUUGAUCCAGAAGAGAAUACACCCAUUCAACCUAGAAUGCAUGUGUAUCUGUUCAAUGAUUGUCUCAUGUUGACUUCAUGGGUGUCAAACCGCAGAGGGCCCAUGAGGUACAAAUUUCAGACAAGUUACUCUGUCAGUACUCUAGCUGUAGUCAAUGUGAGGGACUUGGGGACUGUGAAACAGGCUUUCAAGGUGCUCGCGUUUCCUGACACCAGGGUAUUUCAGUGCAAUAGCAUAGCAAUAAAAAAAGACUGGCUCGAAAAAUUUGAUGUAGCAAAGAAAAUGUAUAUCGAGAAGGAAAAUCUCAAACAAAAGAAAAAUGAGAAACCUAAGCUAGAGUCUCUGGAAUCACCCAGUUUAUCUGUUGAAGAGAUACAAUCACCUCAAAUAGCCCCACUGCCUGAUUGGCUAUCUGAUGUUGCAGAGGAGUUAGAUGUUCUAAUUGUGGAGAGACACUUUGAGAAAACAUAUGAUUUGAUGAUGCUAGCACAGAACACAUUAGAGACCGAAGAAUUUAAGAGUCACCCUCAAAAAAAGGAUAUCCAAGUCAAAAUUGAGCAAAAACAAAAGAUUUUAACUGACAUACUUCUGAAAGAACUGGAUGUAACAGACAACUGGAGCCCCAGAGGUGGGUUGAGGUCCUCCCGGUACCCUGUCCUAAUUCUUACUAAAUUCAACAUGACCAGCCAAGCAUGUGAGCUGUUUCUAGACAUCUGUAGUCGUAUAGUCAAAGCCCAUAUAAAAGGUGUCCAAUUGGAAGGUUCCAUUCAAAGUUAUGUAAAUCAAGUUGGUGAAGUUUUUUUCUGUACCCUCAGUGAUGCUUUAUCUGAAUUUACGUCACUGUUUCCCAAAAACAAAUUGAGUGCUUUCAUUGUAUGGGCCAGCAUGCAGUUGAGGUUGCUGAUGAGCCAGAUAAUAAAACAAGUAUUCACCCCACAAUGUCCCCUGGACUCGGUGCUCGAGUGUGUACAAAGUUUGAGAGACCAAUGCACUCUUUUUUGUGAAUUUGGAUUAGAUCUUAGAUUUCACUUAAACAGUUGCUUACGGACUCCUAUUAUUAAAGCAUUACGUGAAUAUAAAGAAAAAAUUGUUGACUCAAUGAAAGCAAAAGUUUCAGAGGAUAAAUGGACACCUGUGAACUUGCACAGCAAAGUUGGAGUUGGUAAAUUUUUGACGCAGAUGGAGAACUUGGGCCUUAUGCUAGUUAGAUAUAUUAUAAACGAGACUUGGGUAGAUUUAUCUAGUAGUACCAUAUGGUUUACACAAUCUGUAAUCACUUUACAGAAUGUUGGCCUAAAAAUUGUUUCAAAAGAUAUGAUGGAUGUGGUUGAUGAGUGUAUUUAUGCCAUAUUUAAUUCACGAUUGAGUAUAACUGGACACGAUAGCAGCUAUGCUCAGAAAAACUUGAAAUUUAUAUUAGAUAUAGUGUUGCCCCACAUGCUGAAACAGUAUAAAGAUGAGGUGGGGUAUGAGAAUGAUAAGUUGCUGGGCUUGGGAAAGAAGUUUGGCGCGAAUAUCGCCCCACCAAAGAAAUCUAACAUCACAAAAUAUACGAGCAAUGAAUAUUUAUGAAAACAGUCAUUAUUCACUCGGAUGUAGAAUUUAUGUAGAUUAUGGGGGUCAUUCAAGGGCUGUUUAGGGUCUUCCUGAAGUUGUAAAAUAAUCCCGUUGCAACAAUUGUUUUUUAUAAUUUACCUUUCUCCAUGCCCAUACUUUGAAACAACUCAUGGCCCACUAGUUACACCUAGAUGUAGAUGUAUAAAAUUAUUUUAUUAUGCUAAAGCUUUAAUAAUGUAAUAUAUAGAGAUUAAGCAUGCAAGAUUUUUGUAAGUUUAUUUAAUAAAUUGAUCAAAUUAAAAUUUAUAUUAUA